AUGAAGCCAGUUCACGAGAAAGCCGUGGUAAUAGGGAUAUCCGGGCCCUCGAGCAGCGGCAAGACGACCCUCGCGCGGUUACUGCAGCGUGUAUUCUACGGGGUGGAUCUUAAGUCCAAGGACUCCCGUCUAAACACGUUCAUAAUCCACGAAGAUGACUUCUAUUUCCCAGACGAUAAAAUCCCCUACACAACAACCCGCUCCGGCAAAAGAAUCCAAGACUGGGACACAGCCUCCGCAAUCGACAUCCCCUUCCUCUCCCAAGCACUGAACUACGUCCGCGAAAACGGCACCCUCCCACCACGACUACAGAGCAAGGAAGACCAAAACGACGCAGCCGAUUCCGGCGUGUCAGACGAGAUCGUGCAGGAGCUGCGGGGUAUUGUUAGUUCUCGGUUGCAAAACGGAGCAAGGAAAAGCACCGAGAACCCGACUAUUGCAUUCCUAGAGGGAUUUCUGCUAUUUGCGCCUCCGUCCGAAUCCGGGGGAGAAGAACACGUCCUCCGUUCCGUGCACGACGCUAUACAUCUUCAUCUCUUCCUGCCUGCGGCGUAUGAGAUUGUUAAGGCUAGACGGGAGGGGAGGAGUGGAUAUGUGACUAUUGGGCCGGCGCCGGAACCGCCAGUGCAGAGCUCUGCGAAUGGGGGAGAUGGUGGGGAUGGAAAGGCAAGCACGGAGGUUGAUCUUGAUGCUGAGGAUGAUCGGCCACCGCAGAAUUUCUGGGUCGAUCCGCCUGGGUAUGUGGAUGAUGUUGUUUGGCCGCGGUAUGUGACGGAUCAUGCUUGGUUGUUGGUUGCUGAGGAUGGGGAUGGGGAUAGGAAGGGUGGGGACGGUGCUCUGGCGGAGGAGGAUCUUGUUCGGAGGGUUGGGGAUGGGACUAGGGUUAGGAGGGAUGUUGGGGUUGAGGUUGCUCCGGGCUGUGGGAGUGCAGGGAUGGAUGUUGUUUUGAGGUGGGCUGUUGAGUUGAUUUUGGGAUAUUAUUUGAAUCGGACGUAG